UCAUCGUUUUCUUGUCAAGAGUAAUACAACUUGUACAAGGCACACUUCUACAUGCAAUUAACCACCAACGUCCAACAAAGUAUAGUGUUUGGGGCUCGUGAGCUGGCUUAAUUCACAGGCGCAGCCGUUUCCAGGAAACUGUCUGUGUCUGUGAAUGAAUGGCACUGCUGUCUUCCAAACCUUGGGAAAAUGGAAGGACACCAAACUUUUCCUAAAUCCGAGAUGGAGCCGUCCUUGCUGAGCCUAGAGAAGAUGGACCGCUCCAGUCCAGACCUGUGGCCAGAGCAAAUUCCAGGAGUGUAUGACUUUGCCCCUCUGAUGUCACCGCAGCUCAGCCCUGACCCCCAGAACCUUGACCUAGAAGAUCAGGACUUCAGCCUCCUAUACCAAUUCCGGUUACUCACUGCUCUUGAGAUUAUUGAGGAAGUGAAGAAACUGCAGAAUGUGGCAUACCAGCUGGGCUUGGAGGAGGCCAAGGAGAUGACACGAGGCAAGUACCUCCACAUUCUCAACAACAAAAAGCCAAAGUGAGUGAAAACACUUUAAACACACUGCAGUGUGUCCUGUUGCCUUACCGUGGCCUAAACAUUUGCAAGCAGUGUAAAUAGUGAUAUGCAUAGCAAAUCAAUGAUAAUACUGUCCUCUCUUCAGUAUUAUAUUUUGGGUCAGUUUCUUGUAUAUGUGUGUAAAUAUGAAUAUAUAAAUUUGUACUUUUGUCAAGCAAAGGAUGCUACAAAACACUGUGAAGAAAGCCUUAUAAAUACUUGACUAAGGUAUAUAUUAUGUAAGUUGUAGAUGUUUGAUUGAAACACCAUCAUUACAUCUGGGUCAUUCAUCUGCAUCUUACAGUAGCUUCUUGAUCAUUGGUUUAUCCAUUGUAUUGCAAUAUUUUUUCUGAUGUUCAACUGUUGACUGACAGAAAAUGUAGUACGUGUAUUUACUUGUAACAUGUUUGUUUUGGUCAUUUAGAAACACAGUUAGGCUAGGAAUAUUUUGUUCACUGAGGUUGCCAUUGCAGGCUUUUUUUUUGCUGAUCCCUUAUGUUUCUCCAGCCAUUAAGGUUCAUGAGCCCAACAACCUUUCUUUCCUGUUGCCAUGACUGUGAAUGACAACUGUGUGCAAUAUUAAAAUAUAUUUAAUAGAAUAUUUAAUAGAACAAUGGAUGCAUAUAAAAAAAAACAAAAGCACCUUUAUUAAACUGAAACACUCCAUGAUGAAGGGCCUUCAGAGAAGCUUCUUUGUUUGUCUCAAGUUGGCGGAGAGAUUUAUGAAAGGAAGAAGUGUGAGCAUGAGGGUAAAGAAGGGCACAAGUAUCAGCAGAGACGUGGAGAUGGAAUGUACCACAGCAGUCACGAAUAUGUACAGUGGAAAUGAGCAUGAUGCACAACUUCCAUAUAUAGAGUGACAGCAUGGCAACCAUUAAACUUGAGAAUUUCAACUAAGAAAGGCAUUAUGCAAGGUGACAUGAUACUUCAAAAAACUUUCAUAGCUUGCCUAGAAGUAUUUAAGAAAUUAGAGUGGGAUAGAUUAUGAAUCAAGGUACAGUGAAUACCUGAAUAACCUAAGACUGAUUAUAUUGACUUACUAAAGGAGUCAGAAGUAAACUUAUAUGCUGGACUGAUGGCACUAAAUUAUUGGUUUCUAAGCACCCAUCAAAUACCAGCCAUUGUUUUAAUCCAUAGCACAAACCGUUCC